GGUGUGAAUUUGGCCCCGUCAGUGUUACCCGCCCCGAACCUAUAGAAAAAAGGGGGUACACGAAUUUAGAGUGUAUCGAUCGAGAUGUCAAAACAAGAUGUUUACACCUAGUAUCAGGACAAGGGAAAGAAAUUAGUGUUUAAAUUGAAUUUUAAAGUUAUCACAAUUCCUCAAAUGGUCCCUCUUUUCUAGCUUCCCUGUAGUGCGUUCUACUGGCUCUGUUUUUGGAAAAUCUUCCGAAGCUAGCUCAAAGUUGUACUGUUUUGUUUUACCUUGCUGUUGGAAGUUUGGUUGCGGUGCGGUUCAUCGGAUAGUGGAAAGAACGGCACGAAAACUUGAAUUAAUUGUCUUCAAGUAAACCAAAACAUGGAAGACACCCUGCAGAUUGAGCUGGAAGCAAAAGAUUUCCAGUUAGCAGAAACUCACUACUCCAACUAUACCGAUCAAAUAUUUGAUAAUGUAGACCAAGACGAUGGCACUGUAAAUAAAUCAACCGAUAUUGAAAUUAAUAAUUUCGAAUGCUCGAGUAAGGAUUGUGACCCGGAGGGAGAGAGUACUCAACUCUUGGAAAGUACAAACACCGAGCAAUUACCAUUCGAUUCCAAAAGCAACAAUGCAACCCAACAAAACGAAAAAAAUCUCAUAGCCUCCGACAAACGAGACACCACUUUACAGGUAGUAUCUCCCGAAGAUUCCACACGACCACACCAAUGCGAGGUUUGUGACAAGCGUUACGUCAAAAAAUCAAGUCUGGUCGAACACGUCCGGGUACAUAGUGGUGAAGGGCCCUUUAGUUGCGAUAUCUGCGGUAGGACAUUUAUCAGAAAAUGCGAUCGUGCUAAUCAUCGGAAACGCCACACCGAUAAGCAAUCGCACAGGUGCGCCGUGUGUGGCAAAGAUGUUUCUCUCAAAGCUUGCUUAAACAGGCACAUGCUCAUUCACACGGCUGAACGGCCAUACAAGUGCAGUCUGUGUGGCAAAGGUUUCAUCCAAAACUGUAAGCUGGCAUACCACAUGCGGGUUCAUACAGGUGAGCGGCCAUACAAGUGUAACGUUUGUGGCAAAGAUUGUAUAUACAAAAAGAAACAGACCACCCACGUGUGCCUAGAUACGAGUGAGCGGCGGGACAAAUGCAACCAGUGUGGCAAAGGUUUUAGCCCUCAAAACAAUCUGACCAUAGACAAGAACUUUCAUACGGACGAACGGUGGUGCAAGUGCGACCGAACAACAGCUCAGCACUCCAAUGAUGUGAAUUGUGGCACAAAGAAAGGUUCAGACAUCCAACCAUCACAACUCGAUCCCAAAUGCUACAGUGCAUUGGAUCAAAACGAAAAAAAUCGAUCUACUUCCGAUACCCGAGACGAUGUCGGUAGCGGUCUUCGGGUAGCAUCUCCCGUUUCAAAGAGCCACUCCACACUGCCGUACGAUUGUGAGAUUUGUAGCAAACGAUUCACACAGAAGAAGAACCUGUUGCAACAUAUCCAAACACAUGAACGGACUUUCAGUUGCGAUGUCUGCGGUAAGACUUUCCCUAGGAGUGUUGAUCUGCGCCGUCAUCAGUAUAUCCACACGGGUAAGCGGCCCUACCACUGCACCGUGUGCAGCAAAGACUUUCUCUCCAAAAAUCAUUUAAACACUCACAUGUUUAUUCACACGGGUGAGCGACCGUACAAGUGUAACGUCUGCAGCAAAGAUUUUAUCUACAAAAAUAAAUUUACCAAUCACAUGCUAGUUCAUUCGAAUAAGCAGCUGUUCAAUUGCACUGUAUGUGGCAAAGGUUUUACCCUCAAAGCAAACCUGACCACACACAUGCUCAUUCAUACGCGGCCAUACAAGUGCGACGAGUGUAGCAAACAUUUUUCCCAUCAAUAUAAGCUGACCAAACACAUGGCCAUUCAUGCGAAUAAACGGCCUUACAAGUGCAAUAUGUGUGAUAAAAGUUAUAACCAUCAAUCUUGUCUCACAACACACAUGUUCAGUCAUACGGGCGAGAGGCCGUUUCAAUGCACCGUUUGUGGUAAGGAUUUUACUAAAAAAUAUAAGCUGACCAAACACAUGUCCGUUCAUACGGAUAAGUGGCCGUUCAAGUGUACUGUAUGUGAGGAAGGCUUUUCCCAGCCAACGGAACUGGCCACACACAAGCUCCUUCAUACGGGUGAGUGGCCUUACAACUGUACAGUGUGUGACAAAGGUUUUACCUACAAACAUAAGCUGACCGCACACAUGCUCCUUCAUACGGGAGAGCGUCCUUUCAAGUGCACUGUGUGUGGUAAAGACUUUAUCCACAAAUAUCAGCUGACCGCACACAUGCACCUGCAUACGAACGGGCGGCGCUACAAGUGCACCGUGUGUGUUAAAAGUUUUAGCCAUAAAACUAACUUGACAUGCCACAUGUACAUUCAUACGGGUAAUUGGCCUUACAAGUGCACUGUCUGUAGUAGAGGUUAUACUGAUAAAUGUAAGUUUGAUAAACACAUGUACCGUCAUACGGGUGAGUGGCCGUUCAAAUGUUCGGCGUGUGGCAAAUGUUUUGUGCACAAAGCUAGUCUAGCCAUACACAUUUCAGCGGAGAAGUGUGUGGCAAAGGAUUCCUUGCAGAGUGUUGACUGAGGAAGCACAAAUCCGUUCAUAUCUUUAUAUUAACGCCUUUGGUUGUGGCGGGAAAAAAACAUCACAGUUGAUACGGGAUCCAAAAGCAUGCAGUGCAUAUAAUGCGUUUAGAUAUAAUAAUGUAAUUUUAGUAAAGAAUCGUAAUCUUGA